AUGUCAUACUACCUAGGAAUGAGCGGGCUCAAGCUGGAGAAGCGGAAGAUAUUGCUGUUUACGGACUUCAGCAGUGAGUUCAGCAAGUCCCGCUACAAGGAGGUGGAACAGGAACUCAAGGACAGCGAAACACAGCUGGUCGCCAUCGGGCCAGAGUUUUCUGAGGACUUCGAUGAGGAGGAUCAGGACGAGCACCAGCCUGGGUCUUCUAAUGGCGGCGAGGGUCACAGCAAACCCCCAAAGACGCAGCCGCUGAACUGGAACGGCAAGGCUAAGACUGUGGUGCAGAUGGCAGGGGAAGCGGAGAUGGCUGCGCUGUGUGACGGGCUCGUGUGCUCCUUUGACAACGCCAUGGCCCAGCUAAUGUACUUUGAGAAGAGCAACAAGACCACUGCCUGCUGGAACACGACCCUAGACAUCGGCGCUGCGUUCAAGAUCCCUAUUACAGGCCGGAUCAUGGUGCAGCAAGCCCCCAUCCCAAGCUGGAAGAAGUUUUACAGGGAUGACCGGACGCAGGGGAUCAGCAAGGAGUGUUCAUAUCACCUCAUGGACGAGAGACAGACGGAGGUGCCGAAGGAGGAGGUCAUUAGCGGCUACUGCUACGGCACCACCCUCGUCCCGUGCUCCUACGGAGACAUGUCCAGGAUGUACUGCUCCAAUAGCCCUCGCAGCAUGAGUGUUAUGGGGUUCACUGAGGCGAGUCGAGUGCGCCACCACCUCAGGACAGGCAACCAGGUGCUGGCGGUGAUGGCACGGGGCGGUGACGAGCCGGCAGCCCGGGCGUUGUCGGCGCUGAUCCAUGCCCUGGCGGAGCUGGACAUGGUGGCCAUCACUAGGAGAGUCUACAGCAAGAACUACAACCCCAAGAUGGGCGCGCUGUUCCCCAAGGUUACCAAGGAUGGCGAGUGUCUCCUGUGGAUCCAGCUUCCCUAUAGCAUGGAGGUUGUGUCCCUGGCCUUCCCAUCUCUCCAGAGCAGGAUGGCGAAGCUCAAGGAGGAAGAGAAGGAUGCCAUCGACAGCCUCAUAGAUGCCAUGACCCUGUCGCAGGCCGGGGAGUAA